AUGGCUAUCAGACGAGUAAUAGGGUUGAGCCUUGUGCUCUCCGUUAUUGAGCUAAACACAUCGGGAAUCUGCAGUGAUGACAGCCAGGCUAUGCCCUGCGAACUGAUGGGACGCAGAGAGGGUUUUGGCAUGACGUCACCAUCUACGGUACAGGGUAGGGUGAUGUUGAUCGUAUACGGACUGCCUGGAUGUGCUGCAUGCAUUCUCUUCUAUAACUUGUUCCUGGAACGACUCAUCACCUUUCUGGCCUUCAUCAUGAAGAAAUGCCACGAGAGACAAAUUCGUCGACAGAACCAAAACGUUUUACCAAACACAGGCAGGCGCCCUUCCCAACAAUCAGACGAUAACCUGGAGAGUUGGAAGCCUUCAGUGUACUACGUUUUGUUGUACCUGUGCAUAGCGUCAACCAUCAUAGCCUGUGUGGCAUCCGUCAUGUACACCAGUAUUGAGGGCUGGGACUAUGCAGAAAGCAUCUACUUCUGCUUCGUGGCUUUCAGUACUAUUGGCUUCGGGGACCUUGUGACGAGCCAACAAAGAGAGUACCCACAACCUUAUCUCUACCGCUUUGGCAAUUUCAUAUUUCUGACAGCUGGUGUAUGCUGUAUAUACUCGCUGUAUAACGUGGUAUCAAUUGUUAUUAAACAGCUCCUUAACUGGGUUCUAAAGAAACUAGAAUGUAACCUGUGUCGUAGGAAAAAGCCGCGGCCGCGACGGAACGCAAUCACACCAGGACAUCUGCAGAGGCAGGUCAACUCGGCCAGCAAGCAGCAACGGAACGACAACCAGGCAAAUGGAGUGGACAUCACUGAUGUGGAUAGUAACUAUGACAGCGAGACCGACGGACGCCGUAUGUCCGGUGAGAUGAUAAGCAUGAAAGACUUUCUAGCGGCUAAUAAGGUGUCGCUAGCCGUGAUGCAGAAGCAGCUAUACGAAACCUCACAGCACAGAAAACACCAUGCGAGCAGCAACGGUGCCUUUGGCCUUGGGCAGGGCGUUGGAGGACUCGCUAUGCUAAAUAACAAAUUACAAGAGACUGAACGAAGGGAUUGACAUGCGGGUGGCUCUAGGUUUCUAUAGCAUCUUUCAUUCACGGACACCAUUUUCGUAUCAACUAUUUAUAUUAUGGUAGCACAACAUAGGAACACUGCUGUAAAGUCGGCACUACUCGAGACAAUGCGUGCACCAUUUUUCAAAGUUAAUGUAUACCAUAUUUUACGGAGAACGAUUACUGACGACUUGACUAUAUACAUAUACAUAUAGUUUGAUGGUCGCUCUCAAAGCAUGGAUGAGGGCAAACUACAAAACGAGUUAUCCUUGGGAUCUGCAUUGUCCCUCUGUAUACGUGCAAAAUGUGCCAGGUGUAGUUAUAAAGGUCGAAGGUCAAAGAGGAUAUAACGGUGGAUUUCACCUCGUUGCGUUGCGCUUCUGCAAUGGGAUUUUGUACGGACCUAGGUUUUGGCAUGUUUGACGUGUCUAAAACAACAGCUCCUUGCUACGGCUACAUCUAUGGGGGGCCUUGCUGUACUUCAACAGAUAGCACAAUAGCUACACCUAUAUUAGCCCAAGCAUGCAGGUAGCGUUAGAGUUAAUCUAAGUCUACCUUCAUUGCAAGACACUGGAAGGCCAUACAUGUGAUGGAUCGUGGCCAUGCUUCUCUACAUUGCUACUGCUAUACCGACAACGGAAACUUUAUGCGCUUAAACCGGACAAGACCGAUGUGGUCUGGUAACCCGGCCGAUGUGGUCUGGAAACCAGGAUCCUUCCAUGAGCAUUCCCGAAUCUUGGUUGCUAUUGACGACAUACUUUAUCAGACCAUAGAGCAAUCAGAUCAACUCAAUGAGUUGAUGGUGACUCAAGGAAAUACUCUUUAAGGGGCAUGUUGCUUUCCGAAUGGUCGUUUUGGGAAAUGUGUUUGUUAUGAAAUUAAUAUGGUUGAGAACGAUAUUUUAAAAGUAGAAUACAACGAUUCCCACAAAACAUUUCUUUUUUACUUUCUAAACUACACUGUCCGUAAUUUGGUAGAGCUGAAAAGUGUGUUCUGCAAAUUGGCUAACCGUGUUAGCUCUCGAAGUAAAAAGAAACCAUACAAUUAUUUUGAGGGAUGUGUGAAAUCAUUAUUAAUUUUAAAACAUAUUUCCAACCGUAUUCAUUUCAUAUCUGAUUUUGUUCAUAUAUAGCCCAAAGCACCCAACCCGAAGGCAUUGUGCCCCCUUAAAGACAAUGACAAGGUAGACCCAAGACGUCCCCGUCAUUCGAUAGCAUCACCUACCCCCACCCACUCCUCGUAAUGUCAUACCCUUCAAAACCUCGUCUCACAAAUCAUCUCAGUGUAAGGGCUGCCAGCCAUGGAAUAUUUUAUUAAUCCGUCUUCGAUGUCAAACCCGUAGCUGAGUGAAGAAGCUUAAUUUCCCCAAUGACAUAUGGCUGCUAGUGCUAGGUCAAAUCCUAUACCUGAGUCUUGUGCGACUGAUCUCUCCUUCGUCAACGUGAAUGGAUUGAAGCAUCGUAGUUGCUUCACUUCCAAACUGAGAUUUCUUUAAAUUUGAAGAAAAGAAAAAAUUAACCAAAGAUUAAAAAAAGUGUAAACAAACAUAGUCUAAAUGCGUUAAUCUUUGAAAAGGCAAAAAUAAUUUUACCAAUCUUGUGUUAAAAACAGAUAUUUAAAAACUACCACAUUGUUUAUUAUUGUGAGUAUCAGCUAAAAAAGCGGGGAAAGCCAUUUUGAAUAAUACACAAGACUUUAUAGUUAUGGUGCCUCGGGGUAGGCUACAUAAACCUCACCCUUGAAUAGAGUCAUUAGGAAAGUACCAAUUCCAAUAUAUAUGGAUGAACAAAAAUGGAGAACAAACUCACGUAAGAACAAACGUUACGAGCAAAUUAUUUUAAAAGGACAUAAUUAUGUUAAAAAAAUUUGAGUUGCACUUGAGAUUAUCGGACUCUGCACGAAUGAUUUAUUUUGUGCUUACUGUGAUGAGAGGUCAACGGUGGUAAGGAUAUCAACUGUGUAUAUCGCUCCACGGAUGUGUGUGUGGAUGGAAUAAAUAACCUUAAACGAGCAACGAGCAAACAGGAAUCAAAGGAGGAAACAAUGGUUAGAACAAUUACUUUAUUUUGUCAGAAUUUUUCGCACAAAAACCAGACGUGCGUGGAUGUAGACAACGCCACAACGCCUGGACGAGUGAGACAUUUAUUAUGGUAACCAGCUAUAGGACCUAGAGUCAACAUAAUGGCCAAAGUACCCGCCCCUUUGACUGCACAAACCAUUAGACAUAAUAUAAAUAUUAUACAUAUAUAUAUAAAAUGUUAUUUUUCGUUAUAUUUAUAUCAUGCCAUAAUCCAUUUCCUCCGCAUGCUCUUGACCUUUGAACUCUGUACUCCGGGUCGGAAGGGAGUAUUAAAGUUGCCGGCAUACGAACAAUAUUGUGUUUACGAAUUGAAUGCAAGACUACUAGAGCUUUUGUAUAGCUGUGAUCAUAUCGAGAUUUUUGGAAUAAGUGGCCUUAAAUUUUUUCAAGUUUAACAUGUAUAUAAUUGUACACUAUUCUGAUCAAAUGUAGCCUAUAAUAUGCCUUUGUAAGCGUUCGUAGGUGCACUCAUUAGUAAAAAAUUAUAUUAAAAAAAAUGAAAGGAAAAAAAACAAGAGAAAAGUGAGACUUCAGUAUAAAUAUAUUUUGGUUGAUCGUCGUGAUAUUUUAUCCAAUCCAAAUAUCAUCUCCCUGUAGAAGAAGUGUGUAGAUUUUAGAUUUGGGAUCAAUAAUAAGUUUAGAAACAUUUUUAAAUGGGGAAGCCGAAUCAGCUAAUCUCCUUCUCUAUUGGUUUCCAAACAUUCCUGUCUGGCAUUUCUUGAAAACUUUGAUCUCUCUUUCUCUGUCGCCUCAAAAAAAAUAUAGAAACAAAAAAUAAUAAAUAGCAGAGUGUCAGCAUCUUCAUAAUUUAUGUAUAUAACUUCUUUAAAAUAUGCUAAUCAUUAUUAAUAUAACGAUAUCAUGUUUAUAACGUGCUAUACCCAUGAGUGUGCUGGCAAUUCUAAAGAACUCUAAGCUUAGUUUCAAAAAAGCUAUAAAUUUAGAUUUUGUUAUAAACAAGCGACCCCUUAUGGUUUUUUGGUAUGCCUUAAGGGAGAAAAUGCCGUUAUUUCUGAGGUCUUAAAUUGCAACUCGCUUUAAACUGCUGUUUCUUGUUGUGUUCAAUUUAUACAGUAUAUGCCUUAAUGGAGAAUGCAAUGUACGUAAUGUUAAACAUUUUCGAGCGUGAAAACCCAAGAGAUGACCGGUGGUUACGUGGCGAUAGACGGUACAACGGCAGCGACUCGUUAGUGUGUGCUCCCUGGUUAUUGUUUUAUCAUCAGCCGCAAAGGAGCGUUCCGCCAGGGCCUAAUUGUAUGGCACUGUUUACCGUAUUGUGCGCUUCAAAUGCCACGGGCUACUUUCAAAAUAUCAGUAAGCAGAUGUUUUUUGCUUACGGAGAUCCCCAAGUACAGUUUCUAUUUCCAAUUUUAUUCCAUAGAAACUGCUUGUUACAAAACAAAAGCAAUCUGUAGGCAAAUGACGCACAUUGUUUGACAUACAAAUUUGCCUAAAAUUGGGUAUAGACUUAAGUGCUACUUAGGGGCGCCGAAGCCCAGGCUAUGUCUUAUAAAAAGCGCCAUCAACUUUGACCCAGACCACUUGAUUUAUCAAAAUCAAAUCAUGUUAAGCAAAUAGUUAUCUUUCAAAUUUAGUGAAUAAUUGGCACACAGCAUGCUCAAAACGCCAUGCUUACUGUUUUACCUUCUACAUCGCCGCCACACUUAUGGGUACGCAAAGCAGAUACAUGUUGUUGAUAUUAGAUAACUUGCAUUCAACGAUACUACUGUGUGUGAAAAUGGUAUUAUACGGAAGUGUACAGAAUAAUAAUUAAAUGUAUUAAAUUGUAAAGCUUGAAAAA